UGUGCUCUCCGAGUUCCUGUCUAUCUGCCCGCGCCGCCCGGAUGGCUUCCCAGAACCGCGACCCAGCCGCCGCCAGCGUCGCCGCCGCCCGCAAAGGAGCCGAGCCCAGCGGGGGCGCUGCCCGGGGCCCCGUGGGCAAGAGGCUACAGCAGGAGCUGAUGACCCUUAUGAUGUCUGGUGACAAAGGAAUUUCUGCCUUCCCUGAAUCCGACAACCUUUUCAAAUGGGUGGGGACCAUCCAUGGAGCAGCUGGCACAGUAUACGAGGACCUGAGGUAUAAACUCUCCCUGGAGUUCCCCAGUGGCUACCCUUACAAUGCGCCCACGGUCAAGUUCCUCACGCCCUGCUAUCACCCCAACGUGGACACCCAGGGUAACAUCUGCUUGGACAUCCUGAAGGACAAGUGGUCUGCCUUGUAUGAUGUCAGGACCAUCCUGCUGUCCAUCCAGAGCCUGCUAGGAGAACCUAACAUCGAUAGCCCUUUGAACACACAUGCUGCUGAGCUCUGGAAAAACCCCACAGCAUUCAAGAAGUAUCUGCAAGAAACCUACUCAAAGCAGGUCUCCAGCCAAGAACCCUGACUGUCUAGCCUCUUUCCUUGUGUUGUCUUUUUAUUUUCUCCUUAGAUGGUCUGUCCUUUCCUUCAUUUCUGCCUAGGACUCUGUAUCUUAAACUGUGGUGUUAUUUUUGUUUUGUUUGUUUUUUAAAUUAAGUGUCUGGUUGGGCCCUUGUGAUGAAUAUAUUAAAUAAAUACAUUGGUUGG